CACACACCGCACAGUCGCGCUGAAAACGAAGUCGCGCUGCGACGUGCCGGACGUCUGCAAGUAGCGCGCCGGUCGAUACUCGAGUCGUGAACCCAUAUUAUUACAACUAAUGUUACGGUGUUGCUACAAACGGUGUAUGAAGCUGUGUAUUUUUUUAUAAUAAUAAGUAAAUAUUUUAUUCGUUAAAGAACACAAGAAGAGUGGAUUGACCACGAUUUUUAAUCCAUUUUGAACGGCGAUUCAACACGAGGUUCUUCAUUUGCUAUCACAAAUUAUAACUCCUGCUGAAACACUGCCAUGCCGAGUGCUGUGACCAACGGAACCAGGGGUGCGGAGGAUGACAUCGUGCUGACGGGGCUGUCGGGCCGCCUGCCCGAGUCUGAUACUAUCGAGGAGUUCGCACAGCAGCUGUUCGACGGCGUAGAUCUGGUCACCGCAGACGAUAGAAGAUGGACGCCAGGUUUGCACGGUCUACCGGAACGAAAUGGCAAGCUCAAGGACCUGGCACACUUUGACGCCACGUUCUUCGGGGUACACGCCAAGCAGGCUCACCUCAUGGACCCACAGCUGCGACUGUUGCUGGAGCUCACGCACGAGACCAUCAUCGACGCCGGCAUCAACCCCAGCGAGCUGCGCGGCUCGCGCACCGGCGUCUACGUGGGCGUGUCCAACUCCGAGACCGAGGAGAUGUGGACCGUAGACCCCGACAAGAUCAACGGAUACGCUCUGACCGGCUGUUGCCGAGCCAUGUUCCCGAACCGUAUCUCGUACACGUUCGACCUGAAGGGGCCUUCGUUCGCGGUGGACACAGCUUGCUCCAGCUCCAUGUUCGCGCUGGCGCAGGCCGCCACAGCCAUCCGCGCGGGCCACUGCGACGCGGCCAUCGUGGCCGGCACCAACCUGUGCCUGAAGCCCGCCAACUCGCUCAACUUCCACCGCCUGAGCAUGCUGUCGCCCGAGGGCCGCUGCGCCGCGUUCGACGCGAGCGGGCGCGGGUACGUGCGCUCGGAGGCGGCCGUGGCCGUGCUGCUGCAGCGGCGCGGCGCGGCGCGGCGCGUCUACGCCACGCUGCGCGGCCUGCGCGUCAACACGGACGGCGCCAAGGACCAGGGCAUCACCUUCCCCUCCGGCGACAUGCAGCGCCGCCUCGCCGAGGAAACCUUCGCCGAAGCCAAGCUGCGUCCGAGUGACGUUGUCUACGUCGAGGCCCACGGGACGGGCACUAAGGUAGGAGAUCCUCAAGAGGUGAACGCAAUCGCAGAACUUUUCUGCAAGGGGCGCAAGGGGCCACUAUUGCUGGGCUCCGUCAAGUCAAACAUGGGUCACUCGGAGCCCGCGUCCGGCCUGUGCUCAGUAGCCAAGGUCAUCGUGGCCAUGGAGCGCGGCGUCAUCCCCGGCAACCUACACUACAAGAGCCCCAACCCCGACAUCCCGGCACUCAGCGACGGCAAGAUCAAGGUCGUGGACCGCAACACGGAGUGGGACGGCGGCCUGGUGGCCAUCAACUCCUUCGGCUUCGGAGGCGCCAACGCACACGUCAUCCUGGAGUCGGAGCCCCGCGGCGCGGCGCGCGCGGCGCGGGCGCGCGGCUUGCCCCGCGUCAUGCUGGCGUCGGGCCGCACGGAGGAGGCCGUGGCGGCGCUGACGGAGCUGGCGGCGCGCCACCGCGACGACGCGGCGCUGCACGCGCUGCUGGACGCCGUGCACCGCCACAACAUCCCCGGACACUCGCACCGCGGGUUCGCCGUGCUGUCCGACCCGCCGCUGCACGAGUGCGCCGAAGUAGAGAGUGGCGAGCCCCGGCCCGUGUGGUUCGUGUUCUCCGGCAUGGGCUCGCAGUGGCCCGGUAUGGCUAAGGCCUUGAUGCAGCUGCCGGUCUUCGCGGCCAGCAUAACGCGCUCUGCAGCCGCGCUGCGCCCGCACAGCAUCGACCUCGUCAACAUCAUCACGGAGGCGCCGGCCGAGGCCUUCAAUGACGUCAUCAACUCCUUCGUGUCUAUCGCCGCCGUGCAGGUGGCGCUGGUGGACGUGCUGCGCGCGCUCGACGUGCGCCCCGACGGCAUCGUGGGCCACUCGGUGGGAGAGAUCGGUUGCGCUUAUGCUGACGAGACGCUGACGGCGGAGCAGGCCGUGCUGGCGGCGUACUGGCGCGGCCGCAGCAUCGUGGACGCCAAGCUGGCGCCGGGCGCCAUGGCGGCCGUGGGCCUGUCCUGGGAGGAGUGCGAGGCGCGCUGUCCGGCCGACGUGGUGCCGGCCUGCCACAACUCCAACGACAGCGUCACGAUUUCAGGGCCCGUAGAGUCGCUGGAGAAGUUCGUGGCUGCGUUGUCGGCGGAGGGAACGUUCGCACGUCGCGUCAACAGCUCGGGCGUCGCCUUCCACAGCAAAUACAUCGCCGCCGCCGCUCCCUUGCUGCGCCGCAGUCUGGAAAAGAUCAUCACGGAUCCGAAGCCGCGCACCAAGCGCUGGGUGUCCUCUUCGUUGCCGCGGGACAAGUGGGACUCUGAGCUCGCCAAGCUGAGCGACGCCAACUACCACGUGAACAACCUGCUGUCGCCGGUCCGGUUCGCGGACGCGCUGCGCGAGGUGCCGGCGCGCGCGCUGCUGGUGGAGGUGGCGCCGCACGCGCUGCUGCAGGCCGUGCUGAAGCGCGCGCUGCCCGGCGCCGCGCACGUGCCGCUGGUGCGCCGCGACGCCGCCGACGCGCUGCAGCACCUGCUGGCGGCGGCCGGGCGCCUGUACGCGGCGGGCGCGCAGCCGGCCGUGGGCGCGCUGUACCCGGCCGUGCCGUUCCCGGUGCCGCGCGGCACGCCGGGGCUGGCGUCGCACGUGCGCUGGGACCACUCGCUGGAGUGGAGCGUGGCGCACUUCGGGAACGCGGCGCGCUCCGGCGAGAACGUCAUCGAGUACGACGUGUCGCGGCCCGACGACGGCUUCAUCACGGGACACAACAUCGACGGCCGCGUGCUCUUCCCCGCCACCGGGUACCUGACCCUGGUGUGGAGGACCAUGGCGAAGCUCCACAACAAGAAACCCGAGGAGACUCCGAUAGUGAUGGAGAACAUUCAGUUCCGGCGCGCCACCAUCGUGUCGCGCGACACGCCCGUGCGCUUCCUUAUCAACAUCCUCGACGGCACCGGCGAGUUCGACGUCUGCGAGGGCGGCGCCGUAGUCGUCACCGGCCACGUGCGCCUGGCUCCCGAGCCGUCCGCCGAGCGCCUGCGGGACCUGGAAGACGAGCCGGCGCCCGACAAGGACCUGCCGCCGCUCGUCACCGACGACAUCUACAAGGAGCUGCGUCUGCGCGGGUACAACUACGGCGGCAUCUUCCGCGGCAUCCGCCGCUCCGACCCGCGCGGCACCGCCGGCCAGCUGGCCUGGGACGACAACUGGAUCUCCUUCAUGGACACCAUGCUGCAGUUCGGCAUCAUCGGCGUGGACACGCGCGAGCUGUACCUGCCCACGCGUCUACAGCGCGUCCUCAUCGACCCGGCGGCCCAGCUGGCGGCCGUGGCGGCCGCGGGCCAGCCCGCCCUGCUGGACGUGCGCAUGUACCGGGACCUGGACGUCAUCCGCGCCGGCGGCGUCGAGUUCCGCGGCGUCAAGACUAGCUUGGCACCGCGCCGCGCCAACGCGCAGGCCGCGCCUAAGCUGGAAAAGUACGUGUUCAUGCCGUACGACAACGCCACCAUCAGCACCGAGGACACUUCGCGUUCCAAGCGCGACGCGCUCACCGUCAGCCUGCAGCUGGUGCUGGAAAAUGCGGGCUCCAUUAAGCUAAAGCUGGCCGAGGCGGCCCUGGACCGACCGGCCGAGGCCCUGCUGACGCCGCUCGCCAUGCAGGUGCUGGAGUCCGAGCCGCAGGUGCGCGUGGACGCGUCGCUGGCGGCCGGGCCCGCGCCCGCGCCCUACGCCGCCGCCGUCAAGGAGCUGGGAGUCAAGGUCAACCCCAAGGACGGCAAGAGCACACCCAUCGACUCCGAGUGCCACCUGGUGCUGGCCGCCGACGUGCUGAGCAGGCACGGCGCCGCCACGCUGGGACACCUGGCGGCCGCGCUGGCCGAGUCCGGCAUGAUCCUGCUGGAGGAGCCGCACCGCGCGCUGGACGGCGCGGGCGACAUGCUGGCGGCGGCCGGGCUGCAGUACCUGGCCUUCAACGUGCUGCGCGCCGGCGUCUGGGGCUCCUACCGCCACCUGGAGCUGGCCGCGGCCGAGGCGCAGCUGCAGGUGGAGCACGCGUACGUGAACACGCUGACGCGCGGCGACCUGUCGUCGCUGCGCUGGAUCGAGUCCCCGCUGCGGUACGCGGCGGCGACGCCGCUGCCGGCCCGCACGGAGCUGUGCCGCGUGUACUGCGCGCCGCUCAACUUCCGCGACAUCAUGCUGGCCACGGGCAAGCUGCCGCCGGACGCGCUGCCCGGCAACCUGGCGGGCCAGGAGUGCAUCCUGGGCCUGGAGUUCAGCGGGCGCUCGUCGGACGGGCGGCGCGUCAUGGGCAUGGUGGCCGCCUGCGGCCUGGCCAGCACCGUGCUGGCGGACCGCGGCUUCCUGUGGGAAGUGCCGCGCGACUGGACGCUGGAGCAGGCCUCCACCGUGCCCGUGGCGUACGCCACCGCGUACUACGCGCUGGUGGUGCGCGGGCGCAUGCGGCGCGGGGAGUCCGUGCUGGUGCACGCGGGCACGGGCGGCGUGGGGCAGGCGGCGCUGGCCAUCGCGCUGCACGCGGGCUGCCGCGUCUUCACGACGGUGGGCACGCCGGACAAGCGCGCCUUCCUGCGCCAGCGCUUCCCGACGCUGCCGGCGGAGAACAUCGGCAACUCGCGCGACACGUCCUUCGAGCAGCUCGUGAAGCGGCGCACGGCCGGGCGCGGGGUGGACCUAGUGCUGAACUCUCUGGCCGCCGACAAGCUGCACGCGUCCGUGCGCUGCCUGGCCGAGGGCGGCCGCUUCCUCGAGAUCGGCAAGCUGGACCUGUCCAACGACACGGCGCUGGGUAUGUCCAUUUUCCUGAAGAACACGACGUUCCACGGCAUCCUGCUGGACGCGCUGUUCGACGCGGACAGCGCGGACAGUGACAAGGCGGCCGUGGUGCGCUGCGUCACCGACGGCAUCGCGUCCGGCGCCGUGCAGCCGCUGCCCGCCACCGUCUUCUCCGACCACCAGCUGGAGCAGGCCUUCCGGUACAUGGCCACCGGCAAGCACAUCGGCAAGGUGGUACUGCGCGUGCGCGACGAGGAGGCGGCGGGGGCCCGGCCGGCCAGCAAGCUCCUGGGGGCCCUGCCGCGCACCUACAUGCACCCCGCGCGCUCCUACGUGCUCGUCGGCGGCACCGGCGGCUUCGGCCUGGAGCUGGCGCAGUGGAUGGUGCGGCGCGGCGCCACGCGGCUCGUGCUGAACUCGCGCGGCGGGCUGCGCACGGGCUACCAGGCGGCCUGCGUGCGGCGCUGGCGGGCCGCCGGCGUGUCCGUCGCCGUCAGCACGGCCGACGCCAGCACGCCGGCCGGCGCGCGCGCGCUGCUGCAGGAGGCGGCGGCGCUGGGCCCCGUGGGCGGCGUCUUCAACCUGGCCGCCGUGCUGAGGGACGCCUUCAUCGACAAGCAGACGCCCGCAGACUUCCAGGCCGUCGCCAAACCCAAGAUCGAUGCGACUAAGGCAUUGGACGCGGCAACGCGUGAGCUGGCGCCGGAGCUGGAGUACUUCGUGGUGUUCUCGUCCGUAUCCUGCGGCCGCGGCAACCCCGGCCAGAGCAACUACGGACUCGCCAACUCCGCCAUGGAGCGCAUCAUGGAGCAGCGCCAGGCCGACGGCCUGCCCGGCCUGGCCGUGCAGUGGGGCGCCAUCGGCGAGGUGGGGCUCAUCGUGGACACCAUGGGCGGCGACGACGCCGUGGUGGGCGGCACCGUGCCGCAGCGUAUCGCGUCCUGCAUGGAGGCGCUGGGCGCGCUGCUGGCGCUGCCGCACGCCGUGGCGGCGUCCAUGGUGCUGGCGGACAAGCGCCGCGCCGCCGCCGCGCCGCAGCAGGACUUGCUGCACGCCGUCGCCAACAUCCUCGGCAUCAAGGAUCCUAGCAAGGUGUCGGACUCCGCCAACCUGGCCGAGCUAGGCAUGGACUCGCUCAUGGGCGCCGAGAUCAAGCAGACCUUGGAACGCGGCUACGACGUGGUGCUGGGCGUGCAAGAGAUCCGCGCGCUCACCUUCUCCAAGUUGCGCGGCAUGGCAGGCGGCGACGACGCCACGGAGCUGGUGGGCGCGGCGGCCGGGCCGCACGACGCGGCGGCGCUGGCGGCGGCGGCGGGCUCGUUCUACCGCAAGCUGGUCAUCGCCGACACGUACAAGCCCUCGGGCCGCCUGCAGGCGCCCGUGACGCUGUUCACGGCGCGCGACAACUACGUGGCGCUGGACGAGGACUACGGACUGCGCGCGGUCUGCGCGGGCCCGCUGCAGACGCGCCAGUUGGCGGGCUCGCACCGCUCCAUCCUGGCGGGCGCGGGCGCCGCCGCCAUCGCCGCGCAUCUGUCCGACCUGCUGGCGCACUAGCGCCGCCCCGAGGUCGCGCCGUUCUACAUAUAUUUGCGGGGUUAGAGUAUAAAAUUAGUGCGAGGAGUAAAAUUGUGUAUAUAGCUAUAACAUGAUACUCUAUUUAUUGUACGUAUGUAAGUACUGUCGAGCCCGGCUCGCCGAUUGUGAUACAUUCCGUCGCGGGCGACUCGUGUCGCGAGCGACCUACAUAUACGUAUGUAUGUGUUUUAGUUUGUAGUAAGCCAUUACAUGGAACAUGUAACCCUGACUAUCGUUAGUGUGUAAUAUGGCGCGCUGAGCUCGCCUCGGACCUCUCGGCCCUUGCAUUGCUGUGAUACUGUGAUCUGAAUGUGCGACUGAUGGCGCGAUUAGUGGCACGACUAGUGGUCCGCGGCGGGCGCGCGGCGCCGGUAGCGAUGCUAUAGUUAGUACUAGAGUAUGGUUGUUGCGGUAUUUAUUUUGUUACCAAUAAGAAGCCUGCGCCCUGUGAUUAAAAGUGCAUUAUUUUAAAAA